AUGCGCUGGAACGAGCCGGUCAAUGACUGUUCUGCGAAUGGCCUGCUAGACGAACGCUUGAGACAUCCACACAAACGGUCAUUGGCCGUGACUGAAUCUGGGCUUCCCUUUAUGCCUAUGUUCACGGCUCCGGCACCUUCAUCAUGGCCGGAGAAGCAAAUACGACAGCGAGAGAAUAAUGAAUAUUCACCAAGGCACUCAGGCCGCGGCCGGGCGUCUCUUGAGCCGCAUGUCCACGCAUGUCAAGUUGUCACCUGGCUCGGCCAGCUGGGCGGUCUUGCGGCAAUCAACUUGCGCCGAAAUGCCAUAUCGCAAAGACUGCCGCGUGACAUUGGACCGACGCUCCGUCUUGUUAUCUCGAAUUGCUCGGAGACGGGCGCUGAAAGGCACUCAGGCAUCUUCUCGGCACGCUCAUCUUCAGCCCUACCGGGUCCUUCGAAAGUGUCGAUCCUUCAAGAAACAUGGGACGUCCAACACGACCUGUUAACUCCUCGGAGGCGCCAUUUCGUCUCUCUGAGCGGUUUCCUGGGAGGUUAUCGUCUUUUGCUCCUGAUACUCGGCAGAGAUAGCCGUGGCGGACAACAAACACGGAUUUCGGGGUGGAUCGAGAUGUUGUGUGAUCUUCGUAACGUCCUCGUAUUCAGGGAUGUUCCAUCCUCGGUCAUCUUUGUGCGCUUUUCUUGGACGAUAACUAUGUCCGCGGAGCCGCAUGGCAACCAGGCGUAUUCGGAGUUCUGA